AUGGGCCGCAAGAAGAAGAAAGAGCGGCGCGAUGGGACUGCGGUGCUCCGGAAAGUCGUCUCUUUCGAUGAGAAGAGUCGACGGGACUUCUUGACAGGGUUUCACAAACGUAAGGUUGAGAGGAGGAAAGCCGCUUUGGAGGAAAUAAAGCGCAAACUGAAGCAGGAAGAAAAGAAGAUGAAAGAAGAGAGACAUAAAGAGUACAUGAAGAUGUUGAAGGAGAGAGAAGAAGCCUUAGAGGAAGCUGAUGAGUUGGAACAUUUAGUGACAUCUCAAACAGAAUCAGUGAGCUAUGAUCACCCAAACCAUACGGUCACUGUUACUACCAUCAGUGACCUGGAUCUUUCUGGUGCUCGUGUGCUGGGGCUAACUGAGAAUGAAAAUAUUGACCUAGAAGGAGAAGACACUGUGAAUACAUCUACAUUGCCUAAGAAAGCAAGAGAUCCUUUUCUGUCUGAGAGAAUUUCUUCCCUCACGGCUUCUCUGCAUUCCCGUACUCAGAAAAAGAGGAAAAGAAAACAGAUCAACCACAAACAAGGGACAAAGAACGGAGGCCAAAACACAAGAACAGGACGAACGAGCAAGUCCCAGCGCCGGAAAAUGACGGGCAGGAGGAGGCAUGUCCAAGACUGA